AUGUAUAUACAUGUACUAAUACAUUUGUACAUUUUAGAUCCAUCAUUAUACAAGAACCUCGAUAGUAAUAUUAAAAAGAAUACGGCAUUCAUCAAGAAAUGCAAGACAGCUCUCACAGCAGAUUCCAGUCAGCAAUUACUCAAUGACAUUAAGAAACUUAGUCUCGAAAAGUACAUUUCAGAAAUAGUCGGCAGUGUGUUAGAAGGCAUGGCCAAAUGUAAAAACAGUACCGAUAUUUCUGCAUGUGCAGAGGUUGUUUCUGCACUACAUCAACGAUUCCCAGAUACGUUUACCUUACUAUUGACUUUUGGACUUUUCAAAAUACUUCAAUUACCAACCAAACAACACCUCAGCACACUGACACCUGAACAAAGAGAGAAGGAAGAGACGUCGCGUAUCUUGCGACAGAGAACAUACUUACGCAUUGCAGUCGAACUGUGGCUCGUGGGUGUGCUGCGGAAUGUAGAAGAUGGAAUUCCUUCGCUUGCCUCUGCAAAUCUGGAAGGAGUGGAGGCUCCCAGGGAUGGUGUGGCUGGUAUGAUUGGAUCAUCAAAAGAAAAGAAGAGGGAUGACAAGGAAAUCGAGAAAGACAGCAAAGCAGGUGGAUUUGUUUAUCGUGUUCUCAAGGAUCUGUUGGGCACGGAUAUGGUUCAACACACCAAUAUUCAACUUGCAGCUUCGUUUUUAAAAAACUUUGGUCAAGAGAUCCUUGGUAUUGUGCCCAGAAAGCAAAGAGCAGCAGAACAACAUAACGAUGAAGAAAAAGGAGCAGAGGAGGGUUCGGAUGCAGUGACUGCGGGAGGUCUUGUUGUCAAGGAAACAGGAAACAGUGCCGUGACGCCCGAAAACCGGGCAUUAAUCAAGGAUCUCUUGGAUCAGUACUACCGCAGCGUGGCAAAGCAUCUCUUGAAAGAACACACUUACAUCAAGCGCAUGGAUAGUCGCAAUCAUGAAACCCUCUUUUCUCGAGGAGAGCUUUCAGAAGAGACAAAAAAGAAGUAUGAAAAGGCUACAAAAGCGUAUGAAAAACUUUUGGCCAACACACAAACUUUGGCAGAGUCGUUGGAUGUAGAAAUGCCCGAUCUUCCUGAAGAUGACAAUGAGGCAAAGGUGUCUAUUGUCAGUUCAGGAAAUAACAAUGCAUUUGCUGAUGGAAAGGAAAAUAAUGGAAAUGGUGCUUUUGAAGAUGAGGAUGCUCGUAAAUUCUACGAAGACCUGCCCGAUCUUCGUGUCCUGGUUCCUGGAGUAUUUUUAGAAUCUCAGCCUCCAAAAAAGAAUGAUGACGAAAAGACAACAGAAGAAACCGAAGAGGCCGAAAAGGCCGAAGUGGAAAUAGAAUCAAAGGAUGAUGAAAAGGAUAGCUCUACUGAAGAUCAAGAUACUUCUCUAGAAGGUGUCAAGCCUACCCAUCUUGCUGUUGUUGAUGCGCUCUUGGCUCGUCUUCCAACCUUGGCUAACAGAGAUUUGAUCGAUGGUGCUGCUGUUGAGUUUUGUUAUGUCAACUCAAAGACUGCUCGAAAGAGAUUAGUCAAGACUCUUUUGGGCGUUCCUAGACAACGUGUGGAUCUAUUACCUUAUUAUGCAAGACUGAUUGCUGUUCUGAACAACUAUUAUCCUGAUAUUGGAGAGACUGUUGUAGCAGCUCUUGAACAUGAAUUUAAAGGAUUGCAAAGAAAAAAGACUCAAGACUUGUUGGAAUCGAGAGUAAAGAAUAUUAGGUUCAUUUCUGAACUUACAAAGUUCAAGGUGGCUCCUGCCCAUACCAUCUUCCACAUGUUCAAAGUAGCUUUGGAUGAUUUUAGCAACCAGAAUGUGGAUGUAGUUUGCAAUCUUCUUGAGACCUGUGGUCGUUUCUUACUUAAAUCUCCCGAAACAAAUCAAAGAAUGGCAACCAUGCUUGAGACAGUUAUGCGCAAAAAGACUGUUCAACAUCUGGAUAAUCGACAAUCGAUGAUGGUUGAAAAUGCAUACUAUCAGGCCAGUCCACCUGACAGAGACGCAACUAUAAAGAAAGAGAGACCGCCGAUGGAGCUCUAUAUUCGUAAGCUAGCUUACAUUGAUCUCAACAAAAAGUCGCUCGACAAGGUGUUGAAGCAGAUGCGCAAGCUGCACUGGGAAGACCCCAACAUCAGACACAUUCUCUAUAAGAUCUUUCAGAAGAUUUGGAAGGUCAAGUAUGGAAAUAUUCAUUUGAUUGCUAUCCUUGCCAGUGGAUUAAGUCGAUACCACUCCGACUUUGGUAUGCAACUCGUGGAUAGUGUAAUUGAAGAGAUUCGUGUUGGUUUAGAGCAAAAUAUCUUUAAACACAAUCAAAGACGUAUUGCUGUAGCAAAGUACUUGGGUGAAUUGUAUAAUUACCGUAUGGUAGAUUCGCCAAUCAUUUUUGACACUCUUUACACGAUUGUAACCUUGGGACAUGAAUACGGAAGACCUGCCAGAGAUAGAUUUUGUCCUAUGGAUGCACCAAAUGACUUUUUCCGUAUUCGCCUCUGCUGUACCCUCUUAGAUACCUGUGGAAUGUGUUUUGACAGAGGAAGUUCAAAAACGAAGCUUGAUAACUUUUUAGCUUUCUUUCAGAUGUACAUUUUGAGUAAACUCAAACCACCUAUGGAUGUCGACUUUAUGGUUACAGACACGCUAGAAAUGCUUCGCCCUCAGUUACAGAUAUUUACAUCUUAUGAAGAGGCAAAUGAGGCUGUGGACCGCAUGCUUCUGGAUCAACUUAAAUCUGUUCAAGGGUCGGACGGUAAAGUUCAAGAUGAUGGCUUUGAGGAAAGUGAAUUGUCAGAAUCUUCGAGUGACGAAGGAGAAGACGAUGAUCGCAUGGCUUCCAGAGAUUUGGAAGACGACAGAGAAGAUGUGUACGAUGAGGUCAUUGGUAACGACGGAGAUGAAGAUGUUGUUGUGCUCAAACACAAGGAAGAGCCAAUUUCUACCGAAGAUGAUGAUGAAUUUGAGCGUGAGUUUAGUAAGAUGAUGAGUGAGAGCAUCGAAUCGCGCAAAUUCGAAAAGAAAUCUCUUAUUCUCGAUGUUCCUAUUCCAAUGAACCUCCGUGGAGCACAAGGUAAAAGAAAAAAGAGAGAAAUUUAUGCUAAUGCGCGGGCGAAUGAGGAUGAUAGCCACAUGUCGUUUACUCUACUUACAAAGAAGGGAAACCGACAGCAAGUCAAGGUUAUGGAGGUUCCUUCAGAUUCUGUCUUGGCUGUCAGCACACGAUCAAAGCAGGAAGCCGAGCGCGAGGAACAGCAGCAAUUGAAACAACUUGUUCUCAAUUAUGAAGAAAGAGAAGAAGCUGCUGCCCGUCAAGGUAAAAAAAAAAGCAAAAGAAACAUUUUAGAGUAG